AUGCACGCCGUCUUCUUCUCUGUCUUGCUCUUGCAGAGCUUCUUUGCUUUGUUGGUGCAGGCAACCCUUUAUGUCACACAACCCACGGCCGGGUCCACCUGCAGCGGUGGAAAGCCAUGCACCGUCCAGUGGCUGGACGAUGGCACCGCGCCUCUCCUCUCCCAGGUCGGCCCCUGCUACGUCGGGCUCUACAACGGGAACAACGUCCUCGUGCAGCAGAUAGUGCCCGUGGACAUCUCGAGCGUACACUCGCUGCAGUUCACGCCGGACUCGAACGCGGGGCCUAAUUCUGGGUCAUAG